CGCCCCGGCCCCACCAUGACCGGCUCCGCGGCCGACACUCACCGCUGCCCCCACCCCAAAGGCGCCAAAGGCACCCGGUCCCGGAGCAGCCACGCGCGGCCCGUGAGCCUCGCCACCAGCGGGGGCUCGGAGGAGGAGGACAAAGACGGCGGGGUGCUGUUUCACGUGAACAAGAGCGGCUUCCCCAUCGACAGCCACACCUGGGAGCGCAUGUGGAUGCACGUGGCCAAGGUGCACCCCAAGGGGGGAGAGAUGGUGGGCGCCAUCCGGAACGCCGCCUUCUUGGCAAAGCCUUCAGUACCCCAGGUUCCAAACUACAGGCUGUCGAUGACCAUCCCAGACUGGCUCCAGGCAAUCCAGAACUAUAUGAAGACACUACAAUAUAAUCAUACAGGGACCCAGUUCUUUGAAAUUAGGAAAAUGAGACCGCUGAGUGGGUUAAUGGAAACAGCGAAAGAAAUGACCCGGGAAUCCUUGCCUAUCAAAUGCCUUGAAGCUGUCAUCCUGGGCAUAUACCUAACCAAUGGACAGCCUUCCAUCGAGCGAUUCCCCAUCAGCUUUAAAACCUACUUCUCAGGAAACUACUUUCACCAUGUUGUGCUGGGGAUUUAUUGCAAUGGCCGCUAUGGCUCACUGGGCAUGAGCCGAAGGGCUGAGCUGAUGGACAAGCCGUUGACCUUUCGGACUCUCAGUGACCUCAUCUUUGACUUUGAAGACUCCUACAAGAAGUACCUGCACACAGUCAAGAAGGUCAAGAUUGGGCUGUAUGUCCCCCACGAGCCUCAUAGCUUCCAGCCCAUAGAGUGGAAGCAGCUAGUCCUCAAUGUCUCAAAGAUGUUGAGGGCCGACAUAAGGAAGGAGCUGGAGAAAUAUGCCAGGGACAUGAGAAUGAAGAUCCUGAAACCUGCAAGUGCCCAUUCUCCAACCCAAGUGAGAAGCCGGGGGAAAUCCCUGUCCCCCCGAAGGAGACAGGCGAGCCCCCCGAGACGGCUCGGCAGGAGAGACAAAUCGCCUGCACUGCCUGAGAAGAAGGUGACUGACCUCGGCACGCUGAACGAGGUGGGCUACCAAAUCCGGAUCUAGGCAAGCCAUAUCAGCCAGCAAGAGGGCUUCCGUGGUGCUUCUCUCUGCACUUUACCGCAGCAUCUUCAGGAGGAACUGCAACUAUUUAUUGAGAACCUGUGAAUUUUAUUUUUAAGGAUUCCCUUGGACGUGGAAUCUGAGUGGGUGGUGACAAUGAACUCUGAAGAAAUUCACGAAGGGGCAACCCGGAAAGGCUGAAGUUAAGAAACCCCACGGGGGUUGGACUGCAGAUAGAAAGGGUAAUUCGUAACUGUGUUUUUUCUAUCUUCCCAUUUACCUACUUUUGUUUACUUGCUUUUGAACACGAUGCCUCACCAGUAGUAAAUGUGGCCGAAACCCUCCCUCCCACUCCAGGUACAGUAAGGUAACUCAGCCAGUAGUCAUGUCUUUUUCAGCAAUAACAGAGGCAGAGAUCGGUGGGAUUUCUUUUUUUUCUAAGCAGUCAAAUAUUACCUCAGCAUCUUGACAUCAGAUAUGCAAACUUAAUGGAGUUUUGGGUUUUUGUUUUAUAUUCUAUUUGUAUUGUUUCCCCAGUAUUUCCAAAUGGGGACCUCCACAAAGUUUGGAAUUUUUCCUUGGUGCACACCGAAUAGGAUUUAAGGUAUUAUAUUAAGUGUUUUACUAAAAAAGCACUGCAAUUCUUCUGGCAAUACGGGAAACUAUUUUCAGGACCUUGGAGUUACUUCUUUCUUAAUGUUUCUUAAAGCAUUCACUGACAAGGGUUUCUGUUCUUUCAAAACACAACAGAAAGCACGUGCAGAAGGCAGUCUAUGUUCUGUCAUUAAUAUUUAAACUUUGCAAACUCCAGCAAAAAAAAAAAGGGGGGGGAAAAAAAAGCACAAGGGGUCAUGGCAGUGUUACACAAAUUUAGCAGUAUUGCAAUUACCUCCAACAAUCACGCACUCAGAGAGGCAGAGGCCAGGAGUGAAUCAGUGGGAGUCUUGAGAGCCGGGUAACCUUUCUGUUCUCGUUCCAUCUGAUUCCUAACCUCUGAGUCAGGCCUUGUUCUGAAGGCCUCGCUGUUGUCAGAGAGGUGCUCUGAUGUCUUAUAUUAAGACCAAAUGUGGCAGGAUGUGGUCACUUUCCAGUCCCUUGCUUUUAGGUACCACUUCAUGACAUUUAGGAACUGGUAUAGGAAAAUGCAAUGAGAUGCAGAACCUUUUCUUAAAUGGAAGUCUUCAAGUACAGUGUUAGGCUGGAGAGCGGGAUUUAGUCCGUGAAGUACAGCGUGAGAAUCUGUGUAACUUCUGACUGCAGACCACACAGAGUGACUCCAGCCGCCAAGUCUGUACGUUAUCAACAUCAAGAGUAUGCUUCUGUUUCAUCUGUUUCAGCUCGGCGACCAUGCCCGCUCGUGAGACUACCAUGCAUACUUAAGUGGGGUCUGCUGGUCAACGGAAGUGUUAUUUUCAGUUGUCAGUGCUCCCUCUCAGUCAAAGAAAUGACUGAAGGUGAUUUUAGAAAGGGGAAUAGAAAAAUAAGAAUCUGCUUAUUGAGAUUCUCUACCAGUAAAACCACUGGAGGGGACUUUGUCCUUUGGCCACAUGCACAUGAGCUCACUUUACGCUGCAACUCAACGGUAUUAGUGUUUCCAUUAAUAUUAUCAUUUUCUUGAAAAAGAAGGAAGUUUAGUGUUCUUUACAUGAAAAGGACCAAAUAAGUGUACAUGUCAAUUAGGUUAAAAUACAGAAGUUAAAAAUUCUGAACUUAAUCACUGUUUUUAACAAUAUUAUCAGAGUUUAAGAUGAAGCAUCUUUGUGUAUCUUCAUAAGGCAAACUCAUUUAAAUAUUUGAAUUAAUCAACUCAUUCUCAAAAUAAUACUGACUUAGCUCUAUGAAAAACAAGCUAUAUGUAUCUUUUUUUUUAAUUUUUAUUUAUGAUAGUCACACACAGAGAGAGAGAGAGGCAGAGACACAGGCAGAGGGAGAAGCAGGCUCCAUGCACCGGGAGCCCGACGUGGGAUUCGAUCCCGGGUCUCCAGGAUCGCGCCCUGGGCCAACGGCAGGAGCCAAACCGCUGCGCCACCCAGGGAUCCCCAAGCUAUAUGUAUCUUAUGUGUAUCAAUCUGAAACUUUAUUAUCUCCAAUAAGUAUACAACUUCUACACUGCAAUCAAUUCUAAGAGCUUGGAAUAGGAUUUUCCAAGUAUUAGUUAAGUACUGUCCCAUCCAAAAUACAGAAUGUCAGUAGUUGCAUAGCCUCGUUUCCCACAAAAAAAGCGUUAAAGAAUAGGAACACGAACUAUUCUAAUAUUCUGAUGUAUAAGCCUUAAAACUACCAGCUGGUUUGGUGAUUCAAUUAGUAAUCUGAUUUUUUUCCACUCACUUCUUAAUUUUAAGAUUUAUUCCCCCAAAGCAAGGGUUAGUCACAGAAACAUGAAAAUUAAUUUAAAAUCCUCUUAGUUUUCAUUCUGUUUUUAUUAGCUAUGGAAUUAUGCUAAUUUCUAAAAGAUUUGAGAAAGGCACCAAACUCUUAAAUUCUAGUGCAGGAAUUCAAUUAAAAUGAUAUUAAGGCAAAAAAUAAAAAAUAAAACAAAAAGCCAUGACAUAACCCCCCAAAUGAUUUUAAAACUGGCUGUUAUUCAAAAGAAAAAAUUAAACUAUGAUUUGAAUCUAGUUUUUAAAAUUCUUAAUGCAAGAGAAAUUUUAUGCUUAAGCCAUUAUGGGGUUAUAUGCAAAGUUUAAAUCAGAUGACAGAAAUCUUGAUUUUAGACUCCAUGUUGUGCUGUUUUGAGUACACUUUAUUUCAGAAAGUGAUAUUUAGUAUUUUUAGUAUUUUCUAUACACUUUGAAAUCAUGAGCAUUUCACUUUUUCUAAGUCAAUUAUUUCAUAAGGAUUUUAUUAAUAGAUAUUGGUAAAUAGAACUUUGGAAAUCUUAAUUCCGUAUUCUUACUAUACCUGAGGCUUUUGUAAGCUAUAGUUUUAUGUACAACCUUGUACAGUUUUUUUGACACACAAUUCAGAAUCUUGUUUAUUCUCUUGGACUUUGUUCUGGCCAAUACAUUUUUUUUUAAAUCUUUAAGGAAAACUGUGAUUGUUUUAGUGGGUAUUUUUCUAAGUAAAGGAAAACUUGUAUAAUGGUAUUUUAGAGAAUGCCAGAUAAGUGCAUGUUUCAAGUUAAUGUUUUUCUCAUCACUUGUAUGUUUAUACACAGCAUGGAACUUUAAUAAAACCACCCUGGAAACUUAA